GGUUUGCGGCCGCCCGCCAACGGUCGCCCAUCGUCACUAUUGCUCUCUCAAGAAGUACCCUCAAGCUAGAAGCAUACAUCCAGACCUGAAAUCUUGAGGAAACAUGGCCGUUCCACUAAUAGCUCCUUGCCUCUUCAAUAUGUACCAGAUGCCACUAACAGCGUCCAACAACGAAUAUUCUUGCAGUCCGCUCUACCAGCAGUCGAUUGAACGGAGUCAAAAGGAGCGCAACCUUCGCUCGCAACGCGUCGGAGGCGCCCCAGUACGCAAAGACCAGAAAACUCUGUCCCCGGCAUACAGCACGUCGAACAACGACUCGUACACCCGUCCCUCGACCAACGGUCCCCCAGCAUACACAGACCGCAGCAUCAGAGGCACCAACGAGCACGCCGGGCGACAGCCAGGCGAUCUCCUCCCUACGUAUGACGCCGCGAUAGGCCGCCAGCCAGAGGAUCCGGCUAAACGUGAUGAGGCCACACUCUUGUCUGUAAGAGAGGAGAAAUCACGGCUACGCAGGGGGGAAGAGCAGUAUCGCCAGUUGCGCGAUGACAAGGCUAUGGUGCAGACACUGAGUCGUGACGACCUCGAAGAACCCGAAGUGCAGGGCGAGAGGAGCGACAAAACGGAUGGACGCCGCAAGAGCACGGCUCGCAAGAUAGGGCGGUGGUUCGCGGACACGGCAAGCGGAUUUACCGCGAAGCAGGAAAGGGAAUGAGAGAUUGGCGUGAGUGACAGUCACAAUCAAACCAGAUUAUUGCUAUAUGCUCCGAUUUGAG